CGUGGUCGUCGGCCAUUGUAACUCCUCGUUAGUUGUUACUCGAAUCCUCUCUCUUCCAGUGUGCUCUCCCAUCUCUCUCUUUCUGUACUCCGUGUCUUCCUCUCUUUCGCUCGUUCGGUAUAUUCCUCUUCGUCUCUCUUUCGGUAUUUCCCUCUCUCUCUGUCUCUCUUUCCCCGUGUUUCCUUCUCUCUCAUUUGUACCCUUAUCUAUAUCUCUCUGUGUAUAUUCAUCUUUCUCUCUCUCGUGCCGUAUUUUCUGUCUGCCCCCCUGCCUCCCUGGACCUUCCACAGCCACUCAACUUGCUCCCGCUCCAUCCCGCUCUUUACACUCAACAUACAGGGUGUCCCGUGAAAUACAAGUGCAUCGAGUCAGUGCAUCAGGGACCAUCAUCAUUAUCAUCUCUCGUUGAGUUUAUAAUUCGCAACGACGUGUUACGCCCAUUCUCUUUGAUAAAAACACGGGUGCAAAUAUUGCAGACACACAAAUAUAUAGCACUGUAUACAUAUAGGUACAACGUACAAUCGCGAGUGAAAAGAAGAAACCGAAAAAGAACGUGUGAUUUGAAAGUCUACAUUUGGAAGGCGAAUUGGCAAACAAGAGAAGAAGAAGAAAUCUUCAAUAACAUUAUAAUAGAAGCCAGGGGGAUUCGAGUCAAGAAAAAAGGAGUGAGUUAGAAAGAGAGAGAGAGAGAGAAAAAAAAAGACAGAUUACAACUGCGUUGGUUGCAAACGUUCUCUUGACGUCAUUGCCACGAGGACGACGACAUUCGCUUUAUCUCUGGGUUCAAGAAGGCAACUCCAAUGCGUUUCAUAUCCUUGUGAGGAUUCUUCCAAAGUCCCAAAGAAGCUUUUCAAAACGGAACGACAAACGACAAAACGUCGCCUGCGUCGUGAAAGUGAAAAAUUCCCCCCUAUAAAGUGAAAAUUAAAAAAAAAAGAAGAAACCAUGAGUUUAAAAAUUCAACAGAUCACAAUUCCAUCAAUUUGGCCAUUAUCCAUUAUUGAAGUACGGAUCGAUAAUCUUUUAUAAUUGUCCAUUUUCUACCAUCCGCGAAAUAAUGCGAGUGUAAAAAAUUAAGAGGAAAUAACGGAAGAAUGAAGUGAGAAAAAUUUCCUACUCGAAUUUUGCGAAAAAAGAAGAAAUUGGAAUCGAUCUUCAUUUUUUUGUUGUCAUCAUAAAUAUAUAUAAAAGAAGAGAAAUUUCCACGUGGCUGGUACACGAGGUUCUUCAAGGGGAGCGAGAGAAAAGAAAGGAAAAAGAAUUUCUUUUCUGAACAAUUGUUUGAAAAUAGAUGGGAGCAAGUCUGAUUGCAGACUGGGUGAUUAAGCCCGAAGAAAUAAGAUUUUUCAAUAUUCAAGUAUUAGAGGAUAUUUCACGAUCUCAUUUUCAUCAACGUUCUCAACAAAGCUGUCUUGGACAAUUCACCUUGGUUCGGCCACGUAAACUCGAUCAAGCUGGAAUUGAUGGAGUUGGAGAACAUCGUAGCAAAUACUGUGUACCUGAAAGCCAGAGAAGGUGGUGGUGACAGCAACAAAGGGAAGAGUAAAAAAUGGAGGAAAAUACUACAAUUUCCGCACAUAUCCCAGUGCAUUGGCCUAAAAGAUAAAUUGGAUAUAAGAUAUGGCUAUGUCGUCGAUCAGCAGCCGAUUGGUCGGCUACUAUUUCGGCAAUUUUGCCAGGAUAAGAAGCCAGCUUAUCAUAGUUACAAUCUAUUCCUAGACGCAAUUGAAAAAUACGAGAUUGAAAUGGACGAGAAUCGGACGGAAUUUGCUAAACGACUUUUUGAACAAUACCUGAAACGUGAGGGUUCCGAAGUCAUUGACAUUUUGAAUGAUUCGUUGAUUUCACAGUGCGAAGAGAGACUUGGCUCUGGUGGAAAGGAAAUUUUUGUUGAAAUCGCGCAAACAGUGAAAAAUUUCUUGGCCGGCGAGCCUUUCUCGAUUUUCCUCACCAGCUACUAUUUUCUCAGGUAUCUUCAAUGGAAAUGGUUGGAGGCGCAGCCAGUGACAUACAAAACAUUUCGAAUGUACAGAGUCUUGGGAAAAGGUGGUUUUGGCGAGGUGUGCGCCUGUCAAGUGAGAGCGACGGGUAAAAUGUACGCGUGCAAAAAAUUGGAGAAAAAGCGAAUAAAGAAACGUAAAGGCGAAUCAAUGGUGCUAAUCGAAAAGAAUAUAUUGCAAAAAAUUAAUUCGAAAUUUGUCGUCUCAUUGGCAUACGCGUACGAGACAAAGGACGCAUUAUGUCUCGUGCUCACAAUAAUGAACGGUGGCGAUCUUAAAUUCCACAUUUACAAUAUGGGCGGUGAUCCUGGUUUUGAUAUUAAUCGCGCCAGGUUCUACGCGGCCGAAGUCGUUUGCGGCCUUGAGCAUCUUCAUCUUCAAGGAAUUGUCUACAGAGACUGUAAGCCAGAAAAUAUUCUCCUCGACGAUCAUGGCCACGUGAGAAUAUCGGAUCUUGGUUUGGCGGUGGAAAUCACUGAGGACGAUAUGGUGAGAGGACGAGUUGGAACCGUUGGCUACAUGGCGCCGGAAGUUAUUGACAAUGAAAAGUAUACAUUCUCACCGGAUUGGUUUAGUUUCGGUUGUCUUUUAUAUGAGAUGAUUGAGGGUCAGGCGCCGUUUCGGGCCCGUAAGGAGAAGGUUGCGCGCGAGGAAGUCGAUCGACGUGUCAAGGAGGAUCAGGAAAAAUAUUCGCAUAAAUUCACUGAGGAGGCAAAGAGUCUUUGUCAACAGCUCUUGAAAAAGAGUCCAAAAAAUCGACUUGGCUGUAAAUGCGGAAGACAUGGGGCGAAGGAAGUGAAGCUUCAUAGUUUUUUUCAGUGCUUGAAUUGGAAAAGGGUCGAAGCCGGUAUGUGGGAACCGCCGUUUGUGCCCGAUCCACAUGCAAUUUACGCUAAGGAUGUUUUGGACAUUGAGCAGUUCUCGACAGUAAAGGGUAUCAAUUUGGACGCGACGGAUGAUACAUUUUACAGCAAGUUCAAUACCGGAAGUGUAUCUAUUCCCUGGCAAAAUGAGAUGAUAGAGACGGAGUGUUUCAAGGAACUUAACGUACUUGGUUUAAACAAUGCACCCACUCUUGAUUUACUGAUAAACCAUUCUCCACCCAAUAAUGAGAAUAGAGGCUGCUUCCCCUUUAGGAGAAAGAAGAAACAGAGUGCACGCACAAGACAGAUGCCAAUAAUGGAGCCCUAUUUACUAGAAUGGUUAGAGAAUCUGCAUUGUGAAAUGCCUGCCAGCUGAUCCAGAAUGGAAUCUGGAAUUUUAAGCACAUCGACAAUGACGAUGCAUCGUUCGGGAAUAAUUCGUCGUUUUAUCGCAAUAAUACAACGAUAUUUUCGCGAGAGCACACAGCAAGUGAUGGACGAUCCAUACGAUAUGUACUGUAUGUCGUCUACAAUUUAGACAAUUGUUUGGGACUGAGAUGGGAUAUUCGUCUCAAGUUGAACGACAUUUUUUUGGGGCAAAGGCAACUUAAUUAUUAUUCAAUUUCAUCAAAUGCGAGAUUCUUAUUUUUCCCUCAUUUUCUCUAUGAGAAUUAUUUUCAUUCUCCACGUCUUAUAUUUCUAUUUUUCCGGUGAAAGUUCAAGUUUAAUGCGAAUGAGAAAAGUUUUUAUUUCCUUUUUUUUCGGGGGGAAUUUUUUUAAAAAUAUUUUUAUCAUUAUCCAAAGAGUCUUUGUGUUUUUUUUUCUUCAAAAUUUCUAUUUUUCUAAAAAAAAUUUUUUUGUUUUUUUGGAGAGAGAGAGACCUUUUUUCUUUUUUUCUUGAAAUCAAGGUGGAAAUUCCUUGAAAUUCUAAUCCGUUGGGUUUAAUGCUAUACUCAAUGAAAUCAAAGAUCUGAGCACAAAAUAGUCAUUUUGCCGAAAGAAGAUCGGCGUUAAUGAAACGAAGUUUAGUCCUAGGGUUUAUUUUAAUUUUUUUUUUUUUAGUGAGGAAAUACAUUUUUAUUAGGCAAUCGUACCUAGAUCAUUUGCAUACGCUUAGUUAGGGACUAGAAUCAUUGUAACAGUACUUUCCGCGAAAAGACAAAAGAGACAAAAAAAACUUGAGUCGUGUGGUUAAGGGGGAGAAAUUAAUAAAAUAUAUUGGACUGAAAAAGUUCCUAUUUCUUUUUUUUGCACAAAAAAAUAUCGGCAUUUUGAUAAAGAAAAAAUUUCGGAAAUAGAAAAUACAAAAUUUUGUCACAAUCCUUUGAAAUACGAAAUAGCACAAAUGGUACAAUUUUGUAUGAAUUGGCAGGAUAUGUAUUCAUACAGUUUUCCUUUUUAAAGCGUAUUUUCGUGAUAUUUUUUUAAGAAAGAAUAUUUUUAACGUGCUUAUUUUUUUUAAAUUGAAAACAAAUACUUUUUAUUCUCAUACUCUUGUAUUGUUGAUGAAACUUUUUUGAUAAAAACAUGGUUUUACAUUUUACAAAAGAAAUAUUCAAUGAUAUUUUUUUGUUUUUAAAUAAGUACCUU